UCAUGGCGGCCGUCCCACCGCUUGCUCAGAUCGUGGGCAGUCACAUUGGAGUGUAUGAAGGCUACUACCACCAGGCUGACCCCAAAGGUACAGGAAGCGUAGGUGCUCUCGAUGCUGCUAUCUUUCUCAAGAAGUCAAAACUCACAGACACUAUUUUGUCUCAGGUAUGGGAUCUGUCCGACCCCACUGGGAAGGGGUAUCUGGAGAAGAGCGGAUUCUUCAUCGCCCUCAAACUGAUAGCGCUGGUUCAGAAUGGGCAGGACCUCAGCAUUUCUAAAAUCACUGUAGAUACACCGCCGCCGAAUCUUGGUCCUGUUGAACCAGUGCUUGUUGAAAGUCCUACACAUUCUGCCUGGGUUGUAAAGCCAUCAGAAAAGUCGAAGUAUGAUCAAGUGUUUGACAGUCUUGGCCCGGUCAAUGGCCUUCUCUCAGGGGACAAGGUCAAGCCGGUGUUGCUCAACUCCAAGCUGCCGACGGACGUGCUGGGCCGAAUAUGGGACCUCAGUGACAUCGACAAGGACGGAUACUUGGAUAAGGAUGAGUUUGCUGUUACUAUGCAUCUGGUGUACCGUGCACGAGAGAACGACCCCACCCCGACAGUGAUACCCCCAGCGCUCAUCCCUCCAUCCAAGCGGAAGUCAGGCUCCACGCUCCCAGGGGCUGUGCCGGUGAUGCCAGGUAUCCCCGGGGUUGAAACUGGACGGGCCACACCACCACAGAAAGAUGGGCCAGGAGCCGGGGGCAAGCCGUGGGUGGUGACGGCUGCGGAGAAGGCCAACGCUGACGUGAUGUUCAUGAAGCUGGACACAGACAUGGACGGCUUCGUGACGGGGGCAGAGGUGCGCAGCAUCUUGGUACAGAGCAACCUGCCCAAUCCUCUACUGGCUCAUAUAUGGAACCUGUCUGACAUCAACGGUGUUGGGAAGCUGAACACAGAGCAGUUUGCCCUGUCCAUGUACCUGGUGCAGCAGAAGCUGAAGGGAGUGGAGCCGCCCACGACGCUCACCCCCGAGAUGAUCCCGCCGUCACUGCGACCCAAGACGGGAGCUGAUCCCGCUGCAUUUGGGGUCAUGGACGGGACGAAUGCAGGCCCGUAUAGUCAUGUAGCUGAUUUCUCUGCUAUCAAAGAACUAGACUUCAUCAGUAAAGAGAUUGAUGAAAUUAAAAGGGAGAAGAUGCAGAUUGAGAGGGACAAGGUGCAGAGAGAUGCGGACAUCAAGAUCCGACAGGGGGAGGUGCAGAUGCUGCAGAAGGAACUCGACGCUAUGACCAGCACCCUGCAUCAGCUGGAGGGGCAGAAGAAGGAGGCCCAGAAACGCCUGGACGAGCUCGGUGACAAGAGAUCAGACUUGGAAAACAAUGUGAAAGAUUUACGAGAGAAGUGUCAGACAGAACAAACAGAGGUGGAUAAACUCAGGGGACAAAUAUCAAAUCAAGAAAAGUCAGUCAAAGACCAGGAGUCUGACCUGGGGCGGUUGCGGGUGGAGUUGAAUAAGCUGAGGGAGGAUGAGUCGUCCCUGGAGCAGCAGGUGGAAGCAGGCAAGCAGCAGCUCGAGUCCCUCGUCAAGUCCCAGAAGGACCUCGACCUUCAAGUCAACCAGACGAGUGCCCGCGUCACCCACCUCCGAGACCAGCGCCGGGCCGUGGCCCAGAGUAUAGCUGGCUAUAGCUCCCAACUCAAUGGGGAUGUCGCGGGAUACGGGGACAGCGACCAGUUCAGCACAAGAACAACUAUCGGGAGCAGUCCGGUGAGCACCUUGAGCGGCUUCAGUGUGGGAUCUACGACUGAUGACUUCAAGGAGGAUCCCUUCAAGGGCAAGGAUCCCUUCAGUAACUCCGGCGACCCGCCCUCACAGGCUGACCCCUUCCAGAAUGAUGACCCAUUUAAAGACAGUGAUCCUUUCAAAUCCUCUGAUGGCUUCCAGGCUGAUCCCUUCGCUGCUGAAGACCCAUUUAAAGAUACCUUUGGUUCUAAACCUGCGUCAAAGAGUGAUCCAUUUGGCAGUGAAGAUCCAUUUGCAGGAUCCUUCUCUCCAUCUCAUUCUAGUCAAAAACAACAAAGUAACUUGGACCCAUUUGGUGCCACUAGCUCAAGUAAACAGAAGGGUGGAAGCGACGAUAUAUUUGGUACUGAUCCUUUUGCUCCAAAGUCCUCGAAGAGAACCGAUUCUCCGGGACAAGCUCCCGCCCUUCCUCCUAAAUCCAAAAAGCAGCCACCCCCACGGCCUGCCCCACCCAAGUCAAAGAGUCCCUUACCCACCGGAGCCAACAAACCCAAGGUGGAUCCAUUUCCUGGAUUUGGAAGCGAUCCAUUUGCCAAUGCCACGGAUCCUUUUGCAAGUUCUGGAACAGGGGGGGGCACCGCUGGUGAUCCCUUUGCCAAUUUCGCUGACUUCAGUCCAGGAAAGUUUGAAGACGACAAGUCGGCGUGGGCAACCCAGUGACACGCCCGCCAAGGGGCGCUCUGCCCUCCGUGUAACAAAAUAUGACUUACGUAUCACUCAGUCCUUCAACUACGACACUUGACCGUUUGGACAGCCCUUUUUGUAAAUCGAAAAUGCCAAAUGUGAUUAUGUAACAUCUGUUCUUCCUUCUGCUAUACAAACAUCUGGGUGCGAAUAUGGAUGCUCUGGUGUAAAGAAAAAGUUACAGGGUUUAGAAAUUUGCUGGAACAUCUGCAGAGGCAGUUGUCAUGGAGACUGUGAUGUCAAGUUAAGCGGUGUAAUCUCUCCAGCCUCAAAACAGUUCUGUUUGUUAUGAAUGUACGGUAGUACCUUAUAUACCAAUAUCUGAAACAUCUUGAUUGUUACAUUUGUGGUGCCCGGUUUGCCAUGUUUGCUGUUGGGUUGACCUCUGGAGACUUAAGGUAUGCACAUUCUGCCUACAGCAGCGCCUGUGGUUACCAUGGUUGCGGUGCCGUCAUUAAUUUUGUCCCCGAACUGGGUCACUGAGAAAUAGGUACAUGAUUUGGGAGAAGGUAUGAAAAUUAAGAUAAAUACUUGUGUUUUUUCAAGAUUCAACAAAAUUGUUUUGUCAGUUUUGCAUCUUUUUGAUGGGUUGCGGGCGAAAAGGAGAUAGCGACUUGCAUCUCAAGGCAUGUCAGUCUGUUGUAGAGAGAACUGUAUGUCAGCCUAAUUAAGGCAAGUCACCAUUGGCCUAUGUGUGAGCUGUUGUUUAUGAAGCUGAACAGUUCAAACCCCAGGUAGCCACAGACUCCUGUUGUAGGCACACCCUGUUUUCACUGGUGUAAGAUGCAAGCUUAAUUUUGCUUAUUGUUUAACAUUUAAGAUCUCUUUCUCUCUGACAGCUUCACUUAUGAAAUCUAUCCUACUUAUCAUUAACUGUUCUGCUAUCUCUUGGACAGGUAAACAUGGUAAAUGCGUCUGGCUUUACUGUAAAUACAGUAGUUUCAUGUAAUUUAUUUCAUAUUUAUGUCAUAUUGUUACAUUUGUUGUAUUGUAAAUUAAGAAUAAGAAUCAAAGACAUCAUCAGAUUUAUAUGUUUACAAUAAUUUGUUGUAUUCAACACAGUAUUAGGAAAUUGUGAAGGAUCAUUGUGUUGUUUGAAAAUGUAUGUUCCCUACUUUGUCACUGGUCACAAGUAUUAGAAUGUCAAUAUCAGUAACUCUUUAUGUGUAUCCGAGUUAACAAGAGGAAGCGUAUUAUGUUCAUAUUGCAGAUUUUGAUGUUAUUUAUGAAUACAUGUGUAUCAACUUCAACACUCCUCUCAGAACAUGAAGAGUGCAUGAUAAAUGUUUGAUACUUAAGCCAUAUAAUGUGGCAUUGAUUGAUGCAUGGUAAAUAUAUGAGACUUAAGGAAUAUUAUGUGGCAUUGAUGUAUGGUAAAUAUAUGAGACUUAAGGAAUAUUAUGUGGCAUUGAUGCAUGGUAAAUAUAUGAGACUUAAGGAAUAUUAUGUGGCAUUGAUGCAUGGUAAAUAUAUGAGACUUAAGGAAUAUUAUGUGGCAUUGAUGUAUGGUAAAUAUAUGAGACUUAAGGAAUAUUAUGUGGCAUUGAUGCAUGGUAAAUAUAUUAGACUUAAGGAAU